AUGAGUAGUUCAGGGGUAGAAUUGUCGCUGGACGACUCCGAGUACUCUAUGAAGCCCGCUGAAGAGCUGCCUCUAACUGAUGAUUGUCACCACUAUCAAGGAAAGCAUGAGGUGCCAUGGGAUAUUCAAAAAUACUUUGCGCAGCGAUAUUCGAUCUUCUCAUUGUACGACUAUGGGGUUUACAUGACAGACGAUGCUUGGUUCGGUGUAACGCCCGAGCCAGUAGCAAACCAAGUUGCUCAUGAUAUGUACGGCACCGACCAAAAGAAGCAUAUCCUAAUUGAUGUCUUUGGUGGCGCAGGGGGUAACAGUAUUGCAUUUGCUCUUUCUGAACGAUGGAGUCGCGUUAUCUCUAUCGAACGCGACCCUUCAACCUUGGCCUGUGCCCAGAACAAUGCCAAGGUCUAUGGUAUCGCGCCGGGGCUAAUUACGUGGGUUCUCGGUGAUAGCUUCGAGUAUCUCGACAAGUUAUUCAAUCACGCAGAAGAACUGCACCCAAAUCUAAGAGUAAGCCUUGACGAAACAGUACUGUUUGCCAGUCCACCUUGGGGCGGCCCCGGAUACCGCACUGAUGAAGUGUUUAAUCUUUACAACAUGCAGCCGUAUAAUCUUGACGAUUUACACACUGCAUACAACAGGCUGGAUCACGCGUUGUUUCUACCCCGGACGAGCGAUAUUCGACAAAUCGCUAGGCUAGCACCUCCUGAUAGGAAAGUUGAGGUUGUUCAAUACUGCAUGGAGGGUGCCAGCAAGGCCCUGGUCGCUUAUCUUCCAGGAAAAUACUCGAAGGCCCGCCAGUGA